GAUGGAGAUAAGUUCUGGAGGAUGCCAGAGUGCUACAUUCGUGGCAGUACCAUUAAAUACCUGCGUAUCCCCGACGAAAUCAUUGACAUGGUGAAAGAAGAGGUGGUGUCCAAGGGCAGAGGCCGUGGUGGGAUGCAACAGCAGAAGCAACAGAAGGGCCGUGGUGUCGGAGGUGCUGGACGAGGUGUGUUUGGUGGCCGUGGUCGAGGAAUACCAGGCAGUGGAAGAGGUCAACAGGAAAAAAAGCCAGGCAGACAAUCAGCAAAGCAAUGA